AUGACGGAAAAAUCAUCUGAAUCACCAAAGAGAGUGAAACCAGAGUCUAGUUCCAGGCACCAAUGGACCGUCUUCGCAAUUGUUGUGCUCUGCACAGUCCUGACGAGGUUCUACAAAGUCACAGAACCCGAUCAUAUUUGUUGGGAUGAAACUCACUUUGGGAAAAUGGGAAGUUGGUACAUCAAUCGAACAUUCUUCUUCGAUGUUCAUCCACCCCUUGGGAAGAUGCUGAUUGCGCUCUCCGGCAAAUUGACCGGCUACAACGGCACGUAUCCAUUUGAGAAGCCCGGAGACAAGUACAACGGCACCAGAUAUGAGGGAAUGAGGAUAUUUUGCACCACUCUCGGGGCUCUGAUUGCUCCCAUGUCCUUCGACAUUGUCCACGAUUUAACUAAAUCCGUUCAGGCAUCUUUCAUGGCAGCCGCCUAUAUUGUUUUGGACGUCGGCAUGAUAACUCUCAACCAAUACAUCCUGCUGGAUCCCAUCCUGAUGUUCUUCAUGACCGCCUCGGUUCUGGGCAUGGUGAAGAUAACAAAGGCCACGGAAGAGGAGAAGUCAUUUACCGGGAUUUGGUGGUUUUGGCUUAUCUUCACAGGAUUCAUGCUCGCUUGCACGAUAAGUGUGAAAUUCGUAGGACUAUUCGUGGUGCUCCUUGUAGGAUUGCACACCAUCAGUGACCUGUGGAAUGUUCUCGGCAAUCUCGCAAAACCUGUGAUGUUCACAGUGAAGCAGUUGAUAGCGAGAGCCAUCACUUUAAUCAUCUGGCCGGCAUUUCUGUACAUGUUCAUCUUCUACAUCCACCUUGAGAUUCUCAAUAGGAGUGGCAAUGGCGAUGGAUUCUACAGUUCUGCCUUCCAGUCCAGAUUGAUUGGGAAUUCCCUCCACAACGCCAGCAUGCCCAGACAUGUGGCUUACGGUGCUGUGGUGAGCAUAAAGAACCACAAGACAGGCGGCGGCUAUUUACAUUCGCAUCUGCAUCUCUAUCCGAAAGGCGCUGGAGCGCGACAACAGCAAAUCACAACGUACACCCACAAGGACGAAAACAACAAAUGGCGGGUGAAAUAUUACAACAAGGAGCUGAAGCCGAAGGGUGAGGUGGAUAUCCUGAAGAAUGGUCAAUUGGUGAGGCUGGAACACGUCCAAACUGUGCGAAAUCUCCACUCACAUCCUGAGCAAGCACCGCUCACCAAAAAGCACUACCAAGUCACAGGAUAUGGCGAGAAUGGAACGGGCGAUGCAAACGACGUGUGGAAAGUGAUCAUUGUGGGCGGACAUGAAAAUGAGCGCGUCGAAACUGUAACGUCGAGCCUGUUGUUUAUCCACUACCUGCAAAAUUGCGCCCUCACCACCAGUGGUAAGCAAUUGCCGAAAUGGGGAUUUGAGCAGCAGGAAGUCACAUGUAAUCCCAAUCUUCGGGACGGCAGCGCCCGGUGGAAUGUGGAGGAUAAUGAAUUCGAGAGACUGCCCAAAGUGAACUUUGAGGUUUAUGCACCGGGAUUCCUGUCCAGAUUUUUCGAGUCCCAUGCGGUCAUGAUCCAGGGAAAUGCCGGCCUGAAGCCCAAGGAGGGCGAAGUCACCAGCCAGCCGUGGCAGUGGCCAAUAAAUUACAGGGGCCAAUUUUUCUCAGGGACUGCUUAUCGAGUGUACUUACUGGGAAAUCCUAUAAUCUGGUGGAGCAAUUUGGUGUUCAUCGCUAUUUUCCUCGUUCUCUUCGUCAUCUCAACCAUUCGCCUCGAGCGAGGAUACGAGGAUUCCACUAAUCCUGACAGUGGUGAGUCAUCUAAAUGGAGAUCUCUGAGAGCGGGCGCCUGGCUGUUCGGCGGUUGGCUGCUCCACUACUUGCCAUUCUGGGCGAUGGGACGAGUUCUCUACUUCCACCACUACUUUCCCGCGCUCAUUUUCAAUUCAAUGCUAACAGGUGUUGUAUUCAAUUAUUUGACACAUCGUCUCCCCAUCUGGCUCAGACAGACACUGCUCGGGGCUUCUCUGGGCGUCCUGGGGUGGAGCUUCCUGAAAUUUGCACCGCUCGCCUAUGGAAUGGAGGGUCCAUCAGCCGGUGAAGCCAAUUCCACUAUGAAUGGCCUGAAAUGGAUGGAGUCAUGGGAGUUUUGAGAUUAACUUCCCGUUCGACCGACAAUACAUCACCCUCCACAGUGGAAGAUAAAGAUCUGAACCUAAACUGUCACAAUCAAUAGUUAUAAUUUGGAGAAGAGCUGAGAAAAGAGACUUCUAUGUGACACAUGUAUUUUCCCCAGAAAAUGCAAAAGAAAUAUCUCAACAAUAUAUGGAUAAAAUUGCCAUAAGUAACAUAAAUUUGUUAUUUCUUUUACAUCUUCCAUCCUGUUGAUUAAUCAUUAUAAUUUAUUUAGAGAUAUAUAAUUUUUUUUUACUAUCUUUAAUUUAUUGUCUCAAUAAAGUGGAAUAUAUUUUGUAAUUAAUUGCUUCUGUGUACAACAAUUAAUCCACGCGUUCCCUCAAUUCAUCUUGAUUGCAGCAAUCUCUUUUUUUCUAAUCUUUCAUCAUUAUGGAAACUUUUUUAAUCUCUCCGGACAUUGUUGCCGAUAAUUCCGUAUAACAAUUCUUGGCGUGUCGGUGCAAAAAUAGAAGCAAUAAUGUGACGAAACUCGAUGUGGAGAGCUCUUGUCCAUAUGGUGGUCAGCUUCUGAUUUAUGAGAUUCUCCACCGCCAAACAACUUGGCUGAACAACGAAGAAUAAUUAAAUGGUGUACAGAAGAUGGUGGAGUGGAAAAGUUUUUUUUUCGACACCGCACGGGAAAAAAUCCCAUCGCUCUUAAAGUGCAGAGACUUUCCUCGCUUAUUCCUGCAGGAGAACUAUUAAUUUCCACUUCAUCAUUUCCCCUUAAUGCCGGUGCGAUGUUGAAUUAUAUUGCACGUUGUCCCAUCAUUUUUGUCCGUUCGCUUGUUCUGUGG